AUGGAUGUAGACGCUUCAAUCUCGUCGCAGGCAAGCCAGAGACAGGUGCGCUUGCACCUUACUACCAGAGAUGGCGAUAUCGCUCUGCCAGAGAGCACUGGGCCAAUUCUUGUUCCAACUGGCCUACGAAGAUAUGCGCUAUCAACUUUGGUGAACAACCUCCUCAGCAAUGACAAACCAAUCCCACUCGAAUUUCUUGUGAACGGCACAUAUCUACGAACCUCUAUCGACGAGUACUUGACGGCAAAUGGAAUAUCUGCGGAAACGACGCUUGAGGUUGAAUAUGUGCGAGCCCUUAUACCGCCACUACAUAUUGCAUCUUUCCUACAUGACGAUUGGGUUAGCUCCGUCGACGUCUUGUCGGCUACGUCUGUGACUGGUGGACAGAAUGUGGCGGCCGGACAAGAAAGAAUUCUCUCUGGUAGCUACGACGGUCUUUUGCGAAUGUGGAACAUGUCCUCACAGACUAUUGCCGUUUCGCCGGAUGCUUCUGAGGGGGGACAUACGGCUUCAAUUAAGACAGCAAAGUUCAUCUCGCCUACACAGCUUGCUUCAGCGGGUAUUGAUCGAACUGUUCGAGUAUGGAAGUAUGCUGAAGAGGAAGAUGGGUCUUUGGCUCGCAUUACACCUCAAUUGGAACUGUAUGGACAUAAAUCCGGCAUUGAGUCUCUCGCUGUACAUUCUCCUUCGAAUCGCGUGCUAUCUGCAUCAGCAGACCAUACCGUCGGAUUCUGGUCGACCCGCAAAUCGGAUGCUCCUACUGCUCCCGCAGAAUUAUUGCCUUCCAGCGUUGCAAGGAGCUCCAAACGGAGAAAGCUGAACUCAUCCGUUAGCACCCCCCAACGCGGCCCUCUUGCACUUUUAUCGUCGCAUACCGGCCCGGUUUCUGCAGCCAUCUUUGACGCAAAGGAUUCCACUGUCGGUUACUCCGCAUCUUGGGAUCACUCCCUUCGCACAUGGGAUUUGGUCACGUCAGCUCUUGUCGAUACUCGCUCUACUUCGCAUCCACUUCUAUCUCUUGAACAUCUCCCUGAACUCCAUCUCUUGGCAGCUGGUACUUCCGCUCGACACAUUACUCUUAUAGAUCCACGUGCCUCUGCAACUUCUGUUUCGGUUAUGACUCUACGCGGCCACACCAAUGCCGUCGUGACGCUUGCCCGUGACCCUAACAGCAGUUAUGGACUUAUCAGUGGUAGUCACGACGGCACAUGUCGUAUCUGGGACGUCAGGUCAACCACAACUGAUAAAGAGGGCGUUGUCGGAAAGGAUAUCUACUCUAUACCUCGCAAGAGUCUCGAAGAGUCGGGACGGGAAGGCUCGAAACGAAUAGGUGGAGACGGUAUCAAAGUGUUUGGUGUAUGUUGGGAUCGGUCCGUGGGUAUUGUGAGCGCUGGUGAAGACAAGAGGAUACAAAUCAAUCGUGGGGAGGGUGUUUUACAGGCGGACUCUUCGAAGUAG